AUGGCGUUUGCGCCUAUGGGGCCUGAGACUUCGUUCUUCGACGCCCUGGAUCGUCACAGGGCUUCCCUGUUGGCCAUGGUGAAGAGUGGCACAGGGGAGACCCCUGCCGAGGCCACCCAAGUGGCCUCUAGUUCUAAGGUCCUUACAGCUAUAGAAAAUAUUAUCCAAGACAUAAUCAAAAGCUUGGCAAGAAAUGAAGUACCUGCCUUCACCAUAGACAACAGAUCAAGCUGGGAAAAUAUAAUGUUUGAAGAUUCUGUUGGCCUUCAGAUGAUCCCUCAGUGUACCACAAAAAAAGUUAAAAGUGAUUCACUAAAAUCAGUUAAAAAAUUUGCUCUAAUUCUGAAAAUAUUGUCCAUGAUUUAUAAAUUAAUACAGAGCAACACUUAUGCGACCAAGAGAGACAUAUACUACACUGACAGCCAGCUCUUUGGGAACCAGGCUACAGUGGACAACAUUAUAGAUGACAUUUCCUGUAUGCUGAAAGUGCCCAGGAGGAGCCUGCAUGUGCUAUCCACAUCCAAGGGACUGAUUGCUGGCAACCUGAGAUACACGGAGGACGAUGGUACCCCAGUGCAGUGCGCCUGUACUACCGUGGCUACUGCUGUGCCGUCUAACAUCGAAGGAAUGCAGAAUCUGAUCACAGAUGCGAAGUUUCUGUUAAUAGUAGAGAAGGAUGCAACAUUUCAACGACUCCUGGAUGACAACUUCUGCAGCAGGAUGUCCCCGUGCAUCAUGGUCACGGGAAAGGGUGUUCCAGAUCUGAACACAAGGCUCUUGGUGAAGAAGCUAUGGGACACAUUUCAUAUUCCUAUUUUCACACUGGUAGAUGCUGAUCCACAUGGCAUCGAGAUAAUGUGCAUCUAUAAGUAUGGAUCCAUGUCCAUGUCUUUCGAAGCCCACAAUCUCACCGUCCCAACAAUCAGAUGGCUUGGUCUCCUCCCUUCUGAUAUUAAAAGGUUAAAUAUACCUAAGAAGAGUUUGAUCCCACUGACAAAGUGUGACCAGAUGAAACUGGACAGUAUCCUGAGGAGGCCUUACAUUACCUACCAGCCCUUCUGGAGAAAAGAGAUGGAAAUGAUGGCAGACUCUAAGAUGAAGGCAGAGAUCCAAGCCUUGACCUGCCUGUCCUCAGACUAUCUUUCCAGAGUGUACCUACCCAACAAGCUGAGGUUUGGAGGAUGGAUAUAA